UUGAUGUGUGACGGCAAGCAUGGAGAAGUUCGUUGGUAAACACCUACGACUUUUAGAAAAGGAGAGGGAGACUGAAAUAGAAGAAACAAGAUGUUUGACAGAAAAAUUGCCAAUCAAAGAGUUACAGAGGAGAGGUAUAUGCCUCCCGAAACUUUGCAUUGUGGGAAGAAGGACAGGAUUUUAUGGGAGAAUUGUCAUCACUUUUGAGAUGGGCAGGAAUCAACAGGAGCUGCCUUCCCACAAAUUCACUCCAGGUGACAUUGCUGGGUUAAGCCAGUCUUCAGGUGAGCAGCCUGAGGAUAUUGGUUCCGGAAUCGUUACCAGGGCCAGUAAGACCUCUGUUUGCAUUGCCUUUGAUGACAACCAGGAUCUCUUUCUUCUAAGUGAUGAUGGCCCUUACAAACUGCAGAAACUAGCCAAUGAUGUCACAUACAAGAGGUUGAAAAAAGCCCUCCGUGAGCUGCAGUCUCUCCCUCCUUGUCCAGUCAGCCAACUUGUAGGAGUUCUGUUCGGGGAAAGGGAGCUUACUCCACCAUAUAUUACUAAAGAAAUUACAUUUGUGAAUCAAAACCUUGAUGAUUCUCAAAGAGAGGCUGUAAGAUUUGCCUUGUCGCAGCCAGAGGUGGCUGUGAUCCAUGGCCCUCCAGGUACAGGGAAAACAACUACAGUGGUGGAGGCCAUCACUCAGGCUGUCAAACUCGGCAAUAAGGUGCUGACCUGUGCCCCUUCAAACAUUGCCGUAGACAACCUGGUGGAGAGACUUGCCCGAAACAAACUGAAAAUUGUUCGACUCGGCCAUCCUGCACGUGUUCUGCCACAUAUUCAGAAAUACUCACUUGAUGCCAUCUUGGCCAACAGUGAGGAAACAAAAUUAGUGGAAGAUGUACGCAAGGAUAUUGAUAAGGCCUGGUCACAGAUGAAGAAAACUAGGGAUAAAGGAGAGAAGCACACACUGCGUGGAGAAAUGAAAUUCCUUCGGAAAGAAUUAGCGCAACGUGAGCAAGCAGCUACAAAGGAGAUCUUGAAAAGAGCAGAUGUUGUCUUAGCAACGCUGACAUCAGCCUCACCAGAAGGACCAAUCAAAUUUCUAGAUGCGAAUCACUUUAAUUUGACAGUCAUUGACGAAUGUUCUCAGGCAAUUGAGGUAGCUUGUUGGAUUCCGCUUAUGAGAGCCCCAAGAUGUGUUCUUGCUGGAGACCACCUGCAGUUACCUCCCACUAUCCUAAGCCAAGAAGCAGCCAAAGAUGGACUGGAAGUAACCUUGAUGGAGAGGAUAAUUGACCUCUACCACACCAAGGUCAUUCGUAUGCUGACCACCCAGUACCGCAUGCACCAGCUCAUCAUGCAGUGGUCUUCUGACCAACUCUACCACAGCAAACUGACCGCUCACCCAACAGUGGCUGGUCAUCUUCUUGGUGACAUGGAGGGCGUGAACAUUGAGGAGGAGGAGGCUAGUUUCCCAUUACUGAUGAUUGACACGGCAGGGUGUGACCUGAAUGAGAUGGACACACCUGAGGAAAUAUCAAAGGGGAACGAAGGUGAGGCUGACAUUGUCAGUAGCCAUGUAGAGAGGCUGAUAACAAUAGGAGUUAAACAACAGGAUAUAGCCGUCAUCGCACCCUACAAUUUACAGGUAGAGCUGUUACGUCUCAGAAUCUGGCCGAAGUUUCCAGAUGUGGAGAUAAAAUCUGUUGAUGGCUUCCAAGGACGUGAGAAAGAAGCAGUGAUCAUCACGCUAGUGCGAAGUAACAGAAGAGGUGAAGUCGGAUUUCUGUCGGAGAGACGAAGAAUAAAUGUAGCAGUGACGAGGGCACGACGCCACCUAGCAGUGAUUUGUGACAGUGAGACCGUGUCACAUGACGAGUUUCUGAAGUCCCUUGUAGAUUACAUGGCAUCCCAUGGAGAAGUUCAGACAGCUCAGGACUACAUAGACUCUGGAGUUUUCAACAACAAGAGUGUUCGUCCCGAACAUCUUGAUGACCUCUUGACCUUGAACUCUGUUAGCAAGAGUAAAGGAUCUGGAGCCAGGCCGAAGUCAUCUGUAUCAAAACCCAAACACAGCCACAGUUCUGAUAGUAGGAAUAGUACCACAUCUGCCAUUGGUUCUUCAAGGGAUCGAAGGAACAGGGACAAUGACAAAAAUAUUUGUGAUGAGGCCAUGACAGAGAAGAAAACAGAAAAGUAUCGUGAGAUACUUGAAAAGUUUGUUGCCAAUGCUGACGUGAAUUGUAUGGAAUUCCCACCAACACUCACGUCUUUUGAAAGAAUGCUAGUACACGAGCUGGCGGGAAAGCUGUCCUUAACUCAUGUGAGCAAGGGAGAAGAUAAGGGGAGGUUCAUUGUUGUGUCCAAGCCUGGUGGUCAGUCUGUAUCCGUGACCACCGAGACCUCGGUUCAGUCCACAGAGGUACCAGUAGUUAUCGAAAAUACUGGACAUUUGGAUGAGAUCCCAAGUCAGAAGAAAGAAAAACAGAGUGACAAGUUGGUCUGUCCACACUGUAACAAAGACGUAAUCAGGGCAAACUUUAGUCUGCAUGAAAUCCAUUGUUUACGACAACAAAGGGACUGUUCUGCAAAAGCGUCUGAAAAAUCUCAAAAAGCUUCUUCUCGUAAGGAUCAAACAAAACAACAAAAUGGGACGAAAAAGCUGCGUCCUCCAAGUGCAACUGCCAAAAUCGAAAAAGUGGAUGCCGAUGACUUUGAUGGGUUGAUAGCAGCAGCGCAGAAACUUGAUGAAGUUUGUGGUUUCAAGAAAUGUAAAGUGAAAGUGAAGACCUUGGGUCAAAACUGUGAGUUCUGUAUGAGACGCUUUUGUCUGUCCCAUCAUAUCCCGGAGAUCCAUGGGUGUGGAGAGGUAGCUAAGGCGCACGCGCGUUCCACUCACAUCAAAGAGGGUGUGCUGUAUCGUAGUAGCACUACCAAGCCAGCACCUCCAGAUCCAAAACGCCAGGCUGCUCUCCACCGGAAGCUCGACAAAAAAUUAAGUGAUUUGACUUCACAGCGCUCAAAAUCUGGGAAAAAGAACAAUAAAUGAUAAAUAUAACAUUCUGAAUUAUUCUGAUUCCUAAUGGUGCUGUUGAGAAUUUUUUUUUAUCUUAUUUUCACGGAUGAUUCCUUCAAAUAGAUUCCUCAUCUACAUGGAGUUUAAUUUCCAGUAUCUUGUGUGAUAAUAACCAAAUGGAAUCAGACAUUAAUGAAACGCAAUAUUUUGUGACUUUGCUAUAUACAGCUCUUAGGUAAUAAGUCCAAGUUCAAUUUUUCAAAAGUUGGUAAUUGAAUGUAUGUACUCACUGUACGAUCUAACAUUAAUAGCUUUAAAUGUUCAUACCGACCUCCUGAACUCGACACUUCUUCAUCAGCUGCUUCCUUGAUCUUACUUUAAAAUGACUGUGAUAGCAUAUGUAUAUACAUACCAUUAAUACAUAUAUCGUAGUAACUUAUUUACUGGUCAAGGUUGAUUUGAUAUUCAUGAGCUUACUCCAAAUAUCCUGAUUUCCGUGGUAGAUGUUGACUCCUAGAGGUCAAACUUACAACACAGUGUUGCGAAAGAUGCAGUUGAAGUUGACACUGGGCAAGUGUAUGGUCCCCUAUCAUGAUCGGGUUGGGAAAUCAGCUAUUCAUUAUAUUCAUUAUUGUGGUUUUGUUGUCAGUACGCGUCCUCAAAUUAUGUUUUUGUUGAUUCAGUAUUUUCCUUGUUAUUUUGGCAAUAUUUGUUAACAGAAAUGUGAUAUACAUGACCAAGUAAUGUAUACAUAAAUGUAAGACAUAAGAAACGAUGUCAUUAAAUUUUGAUUUUGAAUGAAUAAAUGAUAUUUUA